AUGGAUAAACUAAAUAAAUCACUUGAAUUUUUAAAAUUACUUUCAACAACAGCGUCAGAAACAUUAAUAAUCAACGUGGACACAUUAUUUACAACAUGUGAUGAAAAUGAUUAUAAUGUACAAUUGACUGCUGAAGAAAAUCUUAAUAAAUUUAAUUUAAAAGAAGCAGAUUUAACAAGAAUUCCGGUUGAAUUAUAUCGAACUAUAAAACAUAAUCCUAAUGUUGGGCCAAAUGCUUUAAAAGGUGUUGUGGUGAUUUGCCGAAUUAGCAAAUGUAAUACAUUCCAAAAAGAUUCAACCAUUUUAUCAGAAUAUUAUGAACUUAUUUUUCGUAGUCUUGGUCGACCGAUUAAUGAUAAAGAAAUUAAAGAACAUCUCAUGCCCUAUUCGGCAAAUAUGUUAUCCCAUGGUUAUGGCACGUUUUCUAAUGGCAAAUAUCAAUCACUUGAACAUCAAAAUCAAAAUGCUAGUACACAUUUAAUAAUUGAUUAUCUUGAUUUAAUAAAAAAAAUGAUUCAAUUACUUCGUUAUUCAAAUUUAUUUGAUUUUGGUGAAUUAUUAAUUUCAACUGAAAUUGGAUGUAUAGAAAAAUCUUGUGUUAGUGAAGCCUUAAAAACAGAUAUUACAUAUCUUUUAUCUUUAUGUGAACACGGUGAUCUACAUUUACGUGGUGCAUGUGAAAAUUUACUUGUUACAUUAAUUCAAACAACAAAUCAUCUUUUAACACUAUCAUCAUUAUCAAAUUCAUUUAAUAAUUCUUUUAUUAAUGAAUGUUCACUUAUAUCAACUGAUUCACAAGAUAGUUCAAGUCAUGCAUUUACAAUCAUAGGAGUUGAAUUAUUAGAAGAUUCUAUUCAACAUACUACAAGUUCCUGUAUUCUUGCUAAAUUUGCUCUAGCUCAACUUAUGGAUGAUAUUGAUUUUCGAAUAUUAACUUAUCCUGAACAACAAUUAAAACAACAGUACCCUGAUAUACGUGUUCGUCAAGCAACUGCUUCGACUUUUGCUAAUCUUAAAAAAUGUAUUAAUACAAAUGAAAGUGAUUUUCAAGCUGCUGUACUCGAUUUACUUGUUCAAUUAUUUUUAAUUCGUGUUAAUUAUGUUAUUGCUAAUAGUGUUCAAAUUGAAGAUGAUAAAUGGAAACGUCUUUCACGACAAAUUGUCGAUUUACUUCUUGCUCAUUUACAAUCUCAGGUUAUUUUUGUUCAAAUAGGAUCAAUCACUUUUGGAUAUUUAUUCCACAUAAUUAACACUAUUUGAUGUUGUCUCAUCAGUUGCAUUACGAUCAAUUGGUCCAUUUGUUAUUGCUUUUCGAGCAUUAGUAAAUAGAAAUGUUCGUUGUUUUUAUUUAUAAAAUUUUUCUGUAGUUUACAAUUUUUUAGAAUGUCAAUUGUCAAUCUACAAAUCGAUAGUUAAUCAAUAUAAAUAUAAUACUUCGAUGUCUUGUACAAAAUUCAACUGAAGAUGCUAUAUUAACACAAUAGAAUGACGUUUUAUUAUCAGUUAAUGGAACAUGAGAUGAAACUUUAGUGCGUAAGUAUUCGAAAUGAUUUUAUUUAUAAUUUAAAAACUAUUAUUCUCGUUUUUGUUUUCAGAGCUCUUCUUCGUGUUUUACAUGGCAUAAUAUUAUGAAUUUUAACUAAUACUCGACAAUUAUGUGGUCAAAUCACUACAAAAUUAGUUUCUCUUGCAUCCGAUUAUCUUUAUGUACAUAUCACCCAUUAAUUUGAAGAUAAAACUUUCCUGCAAUUCAUUAAUUACUAAUGCCCUAGCGAAAAACAUUUGACUUUAAAAUUCCUAUGCUUAUAUAAGAUCUAUAAUUUUAUUUUAGUUAAACAAUUUCGAACAAUUGUAAAUGAUUUUCAUCAAUUAUGAAUUCAUGAUGAAACUCUACAUUGUCUUGAGACAUUUUCAUAUUUAACUAUUUUAAAUGAAUGUUUUAAAUUAUUAUGAUCAUCAUUUUAUAUCUCAUUAUUAUUACAAUGGAUACAUAUUCUGAAUAUGCUUGAUUAUACACAAGAAGCAUGCUGGUCACCGACAUUAACACCAUCAUCAUCAAGAAUAAAUUUAUCUAAUAAGUGGUCAAUUACAAUCUUAUUGUGAUUUAAUAUAUCAUCAUGAAUUAUAUGUUGAACAUUUUACAUCAAUAACAACACAUUAUCAAUUAUUAUUAUUAUUUUUUAUUUGAUGUUAUAUAUCAUACAUCAGUUGCAAGUCAUUUAUUUUUUUUUGUGAAGGAAUAGAUUUAGAUGAAAAUGGUCUUAUAUUAGUUUUAUUAAUUGAACAAUUUCUUCCAUUACCAUUAAAUAAACAAUUAUGACCUAAAUAUAUACCAUAAAUUUUAUAAAUAUUAUCAAUAACAACAUCAAUUGAUAUUAUUACAGAAGAUUUUAAUAAUCUUAAUUGUCAUAUGAAUAUAACAAGAAAAAUUUAUGCACAAAUGCUUAAAAAUAUAACUUAUAAAAAAUGAUUACCAUUAAUGAUGUCACCGGUAUAUUUUAGUUUAAUUUAUCGAAAUAAAUAAAUAUAUAUGUAUAAUAAAAAUUUUAAU